AUGACAGAAACGGUUGGGAAUGAUUAUUUAGAUGCUGUUGUCGAUGAAAUUGUGAAUUCUUUACAGGCUAGACCUCUUCCUGACGAUAUAAACUCAAUAAUUGAAAAAUGUUCAUUAAACUUUGGAAUCUCUACUACUACAUUAAAAGGUUCAAAAAGGAUAUUAGAAGGUAUUAAAUCUGUGAUUUUGGAUGAUACUGUUGUAUCGAGUGUUGAUUUUGAAUUGUUAUUGAAUUUACUUCAAACAGUGGUUAAUUUGUGCCCUUACGAUGAUGUUUUAAGUGUAUUCACAAUUGAAGAUUUAAAGAAUUCUCUGUUGUCAGACUUUGAACCCUUAAUGAUAGUCUCUACAGAUGUUAUUUCUCAUUCGUAUCCCAAGGGUAUACUGUCAAGUACUGAACUGUUUGAUAUUUUAUUAAAUUUAUUGUUUGAUAAAGAAACUUCAAUUCCAGUGGUUAAUUCUAUCGAAAGGGCCUUUGGUAAUUUAAGUUGUGAUGAAUUAGUGAGGAAAAGAAUUUUAGAAAACAAUUUACCUUUGUUGGUAAAUAUUAAGAAUAAUUUUGAAAUGAUAACAAGAUCAAGAUUAUUAGAUUUAUUGACAUCUUUAUUUAGAUAUAUCGAAAAACAUGAAUUUGAUGAACAACUAUUCAUUACUAAUGACAAUGAAAUAAAGAAAAUAUUAGAUAUUGAUAUCUUCAUGUUUCUGCAUAUCACCAUGUAUUAUAAUAAACUAUUGGAUGAACUUCAAAUAAGGGAAUUCUCGAAGGAUACUAAAUAUUGGGUGCUUCAAUAUCUCAUUCCUAUAUUUGAUAGUUUCGGAUCCAUCUAUGCUGACUUAGAAGAAAACAUUGAAGUAAAACUAUAUGGAUUAUCAUAUUUAUUUAAGUUAUUCAGGAAUAUUUCGUUUCUUGAGGAUGAAACAAUAUUUAGGAAGUUGGACGUUUCAUUUCUAAAGAUUUCCAAUUCAAAUGAACAUAUUAUCGAUUUCAUGUCAUUUGUUAAACCCAACUAUUUACUGAAGUACCAUAAAGAAUUGGUUCUAGAUUUAUCAGUUGUAUCGCCUUCAAAAUUAGGAAUCCUAAGAAACUUGAUAGGGGAUGAACAAUGUUUCAAUGAAAUAGAAGAACAUUUAACAUCAAAUUCAAUAAUAGCUUUACCUUAUUUAGAGCAAAUGGUGCUAUUAGAAAAACUUUCACAGUAUGAAUAUUCAACUGUAUUUUUAAUCAAUACUUUGCCCAAAGUGAUGAACAACUUGAUUCAUUCCCAAGAUUCUGAUGUGACAGAACCAGAAACUGUCAGACUAAGGGAAAAUACAAUUGAAAAUUUAUUGAGAUUUGGAGCUACUGUUUUAGAUAUAUGGGGUCUCCCUCUGCGGGAAGAGCUAAAUCAAAUUAGAUUUGGCAGAACUAACAAAGAAGCUGAAGCACAUGUUGCUAGUUCAUACAUUUAA